AUGGAGAUCAACGAGCAAAAUCUCGAGGCGUUGGCAACUCAUCUACGUAAAACUUUAUCACCUAAUGGUGAUGAGCGAGCUGAAGCUGAAAGAACUUUGAAACAAAUCGAACGAAACGAGAAUUACUCGUCUCUUCUUCUCGCCCUCUGUGAACGUCCGACAAUUCCCGAUGACAUUCGCCGAGCAUCUGUAAUAACAUUUAAAAAUUUCGUUAAACGCAAUUGGCCGUCACUAGAUCCGACAUCCUCAACAACAAAUCCCAUCUCAAUUCGUGAUCGAAAUCAUAUCAAAGAACAUAUCAUUGAAUUAAUGACUCGAUCGCCUGAGCACAUUCAACAGCAAUUAUCUGAUGCGAUCACAGUCAUCGGUAAAUGUGAUUUCCCUGACCAAUGGCCAACGUUACUUGAUACAAUGGUUCGAUUAUUUCAACAGCCAGCAACACAGAACUCAUUUCAAGCUAUAAAUGGUAUUUUGAAAACGGCUCAUUCGCUUUUCGAACGAUACCGAUAUGAGCAGAAAUCCGAUGAAUUGUGGUUAGAAAUCAAAUUAGUUCUCGAAAAGUUCGCACCAGCUUUUACUGAAUUAUUCAAAUCAUUAAUGGCAUAUUAUCCCCAAAGAGAAUUAGAUUUUGUAGAAAUGAAAAAUAUUUUUGAUUCAUUACACGUAUCAAUCAAGAUCUUCUAUGAUCUCAAUGCUCAAGAGCUGCCAGAACAUUUCGAAGAUAAUAUCACACUUUACAUGACGCAUUUCAUGACACUAUUGGCAUAUGAUCAUUCCAAACUGCAUUCGGAUAGACAUGAUCCCGGUAUAUUAGAUCAGGUCAAAACUGAAAUCUGUCGAGCCGUUGCACUCUAUGCUGAUAACUAUAGUGAUGAAUUCAAACCAUUCGCACAACAAUUUGCAUUAGCUAUCUGGUCAUUGUUAACCCAGUUAAAUCUUUCGCCAGCAUUUGAUGAACUCGUGGGCACAGCAAUGAAGUUCCUGUCGACAUUAGCUGCUCGAAGUCAUCAUUGUAGUAUGUUCGAAGGCGGUGAUACAUUGAAGAUUGUUUGUGAACAAGUGAUCUUACCGAAUCUAUCCCUGCGAGAAACGGAUUUCGAAGAAUUUGAAGAUAACGCAGAGGAAUACAUUCGAAAGGACAUCGAAAAAUCUGACUCGGCAACAAGACGUCGAGCUGCAUGUGAUUUUCUUCAAGCACUCUGUAUCUUUUUCGAAUCUCAAGUUAUUGCUAUCUAUAGUCAAUAUAUUGAGCUUAUGCAAAAGGAAUACGUACAAAAUCCAACGCAAAAUUGGUCGAAAAAGGAUACGUGUAUUUUUCUUGUGUUAGCGUUGGCUUCCAAAGGUGAAACACAGAAGUUUGGCAUUACUAAAACAAGUUCAUUCAUUAGCAUUCCGGCCUUCUAUUCCAAUAGUAUAUUACCGGAGCUUCAAAAUUCUGAUGUGAAUAAUCUUCCUUUGAUCAAGGCAGAUUGUUUGAAAUUUUUAAUUCACGUUCGAAAUCAACUUGAUCGUGACACAUUAGUGAAGUCAUUACCUGAAUGUGCACGAUAUUUGGCUUCAACGAACAUUGUGGUUCAGACAUAUGCAGCACAUGCCAUCGAACGUUUACUACUCGUUCGAUACCCAGCUGACCAGAAACAUACGGCAAUCACAAAGAAUGAUUUGGCACCUCAUGCUCAAUCAAUGUAUGAUAAUCUUUUUCGAAUAUUAACAUCGGAGAAAUCCUAUGAGAACGAAUAUGUCAUGCGAGCAGUUAUGAGAUUAUCAUCAUCACUUCACGAAUGUGUUUUGCCAUAUUUGAAUGGAUUGAUGGAUAAAUUAGUACUCAUCCUACGUCGAUCAAGUCGGAAUCCAAAUAAACCAAACUUCAAUCAUUAUCUAUUCGAAACAAUCACUGUCCUAAUUCGUACUAGUGUUUUCCAAAAUCCCGAUGUACUUAGUCAAUUUGAACAAGUUCUCUUUCCAGUAUUUACACCCAUAUUUACCGAUGAUGUUGCCGAAUUUGUUCCAUAUGUAUUACAAAUCCUUGGGUUUUUACUUGAAUCACAUCGUGCAGGUUCAACUCCAUUACCUGAAGCAUAUCGCAUGCUGUUUCAAUCAAUUCUCACUCCCACAUUUUGGGAUCGAAGUGGAAAUAUACCUGCAUUGUCAAGACUUCUCCAAGCUUAUAUCGAAAAAGCUAGUGAAACCAUUGUCUUGGAAAAACUCACUACGGUGCUCGGUAUAUUUCAACGUCUUGUUUCUCAAUCGAAAGUCCAUGAUCACGAAGGAUUUGCUAUUCUAAAUUCGUUAGUAACUCAUUUGCCACGCAUUCAUCUGGAAAACUAUUUGAAAGAUAUCUUCGUUGUCAUAUUCACACGUUUAACAAAAGCGAAAACACAAAAACUAAUCAAAUCUAUCAUUGUUUUCUUUUGUUAUUUUGUGGUUAAAUGUGGUGCUCAAGAACUUAUUACGCAGGUCGAUAAUAUUCAAGCGAAUAUGUUUCAAAUGGUAAUCGAACGUUUGUUCCUUCCCGAAUUGGCGAAGAUCGACGAAAGUGAUAAGAAACUAUGCGCAGUCGGUGUCACACAUAUUCUCUGCGAUCCAUUACCUAUGAUUACCGGUGUCUAUUUCAAUCAUUUAUGGUUACCAUUAUUGCAAGCUCUACUGCAGUUAUUCGAGUCAAGUAACGAAUUACAAACAAUGUCAGCUGCCGAGAGGAAAAAGCAACUACAAGAAGAGGCCGAGGAAGAGCUACUCGUCGGAUUGGAUGAUACGCCAGACUAUACGCCAGCUUUUUCGUGUUUGGCUUUUGCGAAAAAGCCCCAUACGGAUAUAUUCGGGUCAGGAAUACCAGAUGCUCGCUGUCAUUUAGCGAAAUGUUUACAAACAUUAACAGCCGCUCAUCCUAAUCAAUUUUUAAGUGUAAUGAGAAAUGGACUAUCGACAGAACAUUUAUCUCAUAUCCAAAAAUAUUGUGCUUUGGCUGGUGUUACACUUACAUAA